ACACUCUAAGAACUUAUUAGCUCUACAUUUUAAUCCAUGAAAGCACAAACUUGCCUUUAUAUAUACCCUACUAUAGACUCAACAUCACCAGUACUACCUCAUUUUUAAGCUCAACCACCACAUUUCUCAUCAUUCUCUAUACACCCCCAACAAAAUUCAGCUGUAGAUCUCUCAUCAGCAAUGUCUGGCGUUUGGGUCUUCAAGAACGGCGUUGUUCGCUUGGUCGAGAACCCUGGUGCCGAUCCGUCGUCUGGCUUGAACUUGAGGCGCAAAGUGUUGGUUCACUCACUCACAAAUGAAGUGAUAACAUCGUAUGCUGAUCUUGAGAGGAAGUUGGUUUCACUUGGAUGGGAAAGGUACUACAAUGAUCCAGAUCUCCUUCAAUUCCACAAGAGUUCCACAAUUCAUUUGAUAUCCCUUCCCAAGGACUUCAACAAGUUCAAGUCCGUGCACAUGUACGACAUCGUCGUGAAGAACCGCAACAUAUUUGAAGUUAAGGAUGCAUGAUCUUUAUUGCAUACAUGACGUUGCUCCGUCGUGUGAGUUUAUCUUAGCCUUUUUAUGAUUAAAUGGAUGAGACUGUGGUGGAUUUAGAUUUACAGGACUUGGUGAACAAAAUGAAGUGUUGGUUUUGCACAUUAAGUGCGUCCCAAAUGGUUAUGAAGAUGAUGUUAUAUUGUUCGAGUUUC